AAACUACUUAUCACCGCCCGAACAACGGGUAUAAACGCGAGUAUUAACCGAUGAUGGAGUAGAUAUUUGCGGAGAAAAGGUGAGAUUAUAUUAUAUUAGAGGCGUGGGAAAAUCAGCAAUGCGAUUAUGGUUUGCACAGUCAACAUAGAGCACAGUCUUCCGCGAGUUGCCGAGCAGUUAACACGGUAAUAAUUUUAGAGGUGCGCCAGAGUAGUUAACGCGUUACGCGCUUCUAACUCUACCGUUUCUUUCUUUUUUUGGAAGAAAACGGGUUUUGUACAUGUCUGGAACUACAUUGUUAACGCUAUUGAAAUAUUAUCGUAUGCUUGAAGUGGCUGAUCAACAAAAAUGAAAUGCGCGUGAAUUGACUUAUUUACAAGAACAACAACAACAACAGCAAAUACACACCACAAUGACAAACAAUGAAUUGAAAUUGCAAAUAAGUGCAAAUAUCUCGAUAAUACUGUUAGAGAAUGCAACAACAGCGAGCACGGCAGUAGCAGCAACAGCAACAACUACUGCCACAACAAUUGUGAAUUCCACAGCUCCCACACUAUCGACAAUAACAUCCACCAUCACACCUAGCAACACCAUCAUCGAUGGCAUCGCCGAGACAACCAUAUUUUGGGCCACCUGCAACGCACUGAUAAUGGUUUGCAUACUAGCUGGCAAUGCGCUCACCAUAUUGGCCAUACACAGCUGCCGCCGCUUGCGUCGCCUAAUCUCGAAUAUGUUCAUACUAUCGCUGGCUGUAUCGGAUUUUGCCGUUGGCAUAUCGCUACCCUACCACAUCGCCUUCUAUGUGGGUCCCAAUCUCGGUCAAUCGCAAAAUCUCUGCUUGUUGCGAUUUUUCCUCAUCAUCUUCACCUGUUGCGUUUCGAUAUUGACUCUGAUAACGAUAGCUGUAGAUCGGUAUAUAGCAAUCGUGUAUGCCUUGCACUAUCGACGUUUCAUGACGCGUCGCGUCUCCUUCAUCAUAAUCGCGCUGAAUUGGGCCGCCGGCGCCACGGUGGCCAUUGUGCCGGUGUUCUGCAAUCGCUUUAAAACUGCCAUCGAAUGCGAAUUCUAUCAGGUACUGCCCACUUGGUAUAUGGCGGGCAUUAUAACGCCCGGCUUCAUAAUCAUUUGGUCGUUGAUGCUCUUGAUUUAUUGGCGUAUAAUGCGUGAGGCCGCCAAACAGUCGCAACAGUCGCGUUGCAAGCGUGAAGUGCAGAGCUGGAGCAGCAAAAAGCAGGCGCGGCGAAUGCCCGAUUGGAAAUCGAUGCAGGUUGUCAUUUUCAUAAUGGGCUGCUUCUCCAUGUGCUGGCUCACUUACUUCGUGGUCGUUUGCAUGGAGCUAUUUAAUGUCUACAAUAUAUCGCUGGUGCUGUACAAAAUGGCCUUCUCCUUGGCCAUGGCCAAUUCGGCCAUAAAUCCAGUGAUCUACUGCUGGAAGAAUACAACGUUUCGACGCGCUUAUUGGCGUUUGUUGCGCUGCAAAAACCCGAAUUGUCACAAGCCGAAUAAGAUGGAUCUGGUGGUGUAUAGCAUGGAUUCGGUAAAAAGUUCGCCGCGACGAAAUAGUGCUAUAACCAUAUCCGUUAUACCGAUACCGGUCGCUGAGCCGGUCAAAGAUAAUAACGAUUCAAUUGCGAGUAAUGGGUUGAAUAGUGACAGAGGUGGGACGGGAAGUGGGGCAGAUAUGACUGAGGCGUAGAGCCAUAAAUAGCGUAGGAUGUAGUAUUUAUUAGAAAUCAAACUGGAAUGAGUAUAAAAAAAAAUGUAAAAAAUAACGGAAACUAAAAAAAAUAGCAAAAAAUCGGAAAUACUAGUGGAGGGUAUCAAAAAUAAAGUACUAUCUUCAGCACAAAACCAAUAAGUUAGGACAAUUACACACUCAAAAAUUUAACAUUUUCACAUUUUAGAGCUUAAUAAAAAAUCUCGUUUUCAAUGUAGCUUUGUUCCUUUACUACAAGAAAAUAAUUUAAAAUUAAGUGGAUUAUCCUCACAAAGGGCGAAGUAAUGGAAAAGUAAACAACAGGAAGAAGUUGUCAGAUUAUUAAUAUGAAUGCUGCUACCAUGAGGUCACUCAAACAGAAAUUAGCCAUACUACACUAAAACAAAUAGAAACGAAAGUUGGUUUUUGAAAUAUUUCGAAAUAAAUUGAAAUUUUUAUAAAAAUGUACUCCACAUCACUCAUAUAUAUAAAUA